GCGGGAAAGAAAUCUUCCCAGUCAGAAAGAGGGGCGGUGAGGGAGCCUGAUAUGGUGUUAUCUUUGGUUCUGUAAUGUGUUUAUUACCUUUUUAAUAUCCACUGAAGCUGUUUCUUCGUUUUGACCGUGGAAGCUUAUGACGUAUCAGGGAAUUCCCGCCCGCCCCUUUAUCUGUCUUAUGCUUCCGUUAUAGUUAUUGACGGGAGCCGGUUCCGCCAUUAGGACAAGGAUUUAAAUUCUGUUGUGUACAUCUGAAGGAUUGUUAAGGUCCUGUUUAUUCAUAUUGGUUGCAAAUCAGUUAUGAGUUUCUUCAAUUUGGAACGAUUCCGUUAUGAAAAGAAGUUAGAGGAGCACGUACCAUGUUCUUCUUCUAGACCGGUAACCCCACCUAAGGAUGAGGAUGAGUCGUCAGAAACCUGUAUCCCAGAGACUCCAGAGGCUAAGCAGAAUACAGCUUUAUCUCAUUUUAAAAAAGUAGAGAUAGUGUGCCUGGACUCUGAUUCGGAUGAUGAAGUACAACAUGUAAGUUCUACCACAGUCAAAGAGAUCAGUCAAUCAAAGACCUGUGCUAACAAAAUAAAUGGAGCUGCUGACUUUGAAUCUGAAGAUGAAAACUGUGGAAAAAUUUCCGGACUUACAAAUGGUGCUGCUUAUUCAUCUGAUGUUGAAGAGAUAUCUGUUGAACAGAAGCUCCAAAAACUGUCAGAAGUUUUUCCACACAAGGAAAAGGAAGAAUUGAUACAGCUAAUUGAGUCCACUAGCACAUUGGAUGGAGCUGUAGCAUCGGGUCUGAUUUUGUUUGAAAACAAUGCUGAGACUCGGAAAAGGAAACUGGAAGACUCUCCUGGAAGCAGUUCUCAAGAUAGUGAUGUCACACACUUCAGCAAAAAGAAACCACCUAAUGAUUUUCUAGGGUCAGAUGAGGUUUCAAGCACUCAAGAAGAAUGUAAUCGACAAGAAGCUGCUGUGAAAACACUACAGGACAGAUUUCCUAAUUUGGCUGAGGAGGAGCUAAUACAAGUUCUGCAGAAACACGACUGGUCUGCUGAUGAAGCACUACAAACCUUAAUUGCUUUUGCUCAACCAGAUGACACAACACCUGUAACAGAAAGCAAAACUAUUAAAAAAGACGCUCCUUUGAGUGUGAAAAGUCAGCAGCAAAUGGCAGCUAAAAUGAAAUCCAAACGUAGGUGUGCAGCUAAAACAGAGAAAGAUUUCAGCAAAAGGGAGAGAGGUAAAAGAAAAGGAGGAAGAGGGAACAGUGACUCUGAAGGCGAAGAAACGGUGCUGUCAGAUGCUGAAUGCAGCCUUGAUGAGGACUACAGUCAUGGUGGUGAAGAGAUGGGUGAUGAGUACAGUGUUAAAAUUCUCAGCUUCCUUCAAGAAGCAUCUCAAGAUGAACUCACUUUGAUACCUGGUUGUUCUGUCAAAAAGGCUCAGAAGAUUGUUGAGCUCCGGCCCUUUAACAGUUGGGAAGCACUGUUCAGUAAGUUUACAAAGUCAAAUGGUGUGUCAGAAGAUUUAAUAUGGGAAUGCAAAACUGUGAUACAAGAAAGAGAGGUCAUACUUCGACUUAUGAACAAAUGUGGAGAAAUAUCAAAAAAGUUGGAGGAGGAAGUGACCCGAAUUACUGGUGAAGCUGGAACCUCCCGUACCAUUGAGCAGCCUUCUAUCCUAAAUAAAAGCUCUGAACUCAAGCCUUAUCAGAAGAUUGGACUAAACUGGCUGGCCUUGCUUCACAAGCAUGGUGUUAAUGGUAUUUUGGCAGAUGAAAUGGGAUUAGGAAAGACUGUGCAAGCAAUAUCAUUAUUGGCGUAUCUUUAUGAAGAGGGAGAUCUUGGACCGCAUCUUGUCAUUGUCCCUGCAUCCACUUUAGAUAACUGGCUAAGAGAGCUGAAUCACUGGUGCCCUGAUCUUAAAGUUGUUCUAUAUUAUGGAUCCCUGGAGGAUCGGAAGUAUCUCAGGGCUGAUAUUCUCAGCAAGGCUAUAGAUUUCAAUGUCAUUGUCACUACGUACAGCUGUGCUAUUAGUAAUGCAGAUGAUCGUAGUUUGUUUCGUCGCCUGAAACUUCAUUAUGCUAUUUUCGAUGAAGGGCAUAUGCUGAAGAAUAUGAGUGCCAUACGUUAUCAGCAUCUUAUGACUUUUAAUGCUAUGAAUCGUCUGCUACUAACAGGUACUCCACUCCAGAAUAACCUGUUGGAACUUAUGUCUCUGCUAAACUUCAUUAUGCCGAAUAUGUUCAGCAGCAGCACUAGUGAAAUACGAAGAAUGUUCUCUUCAAAAGCGAAGUCUACAGAAGAACAGUGCAUCUUUGAAAAAGAAAGAAUUUUGCACGCCAAGCAAAUUAUGAAGCCCUUUGUUCUCCGAAGAGUGAAAAGUGAGGUCUUGCAACAGCUUCCACCAAAACAAGACCAAAUUGAAUUUUGUGGAAUGUCAGAAAGGCAAGCUGCACUAUAUGAUGACCUCUACAAUAAGAUAAAAAAGUCUAUUAAUAGUUCUGAGAAAUCUUCUGAAUUAUGCAAUGUGAUGAUGCAGCUUAGAAAGAUGGCUAACCACCCCGUGCUACAUCGCCAGUAUUAUACCUCUGAGAAGCUCCGGCAAAUGGCAAAGCUAAUGCUGAAGGAACCCUCCCAUCGUGAUGCAAACCCUGACCUUAUCUUUGAAGAUAUGCAAGCAAUGACCGACUUUGAACUUAACCAUCUUUGUUAUGAAUUCACAAGUAUUACUGAAUUUGCUUUAGAAAAAGCCAUUCUUCUAGAUUCUGGCAAAUUCCAAGCUCUUGAACGGAUACUUGCUCAGCUUAAAGAGAAGGGCGACAGGGCUGUACUGUUUAGUCAGUUUACAAUGAUGCUGGACAUCAUAGAAGUCUUUUUGAGACAUCAUAAAUACAGAUACGUGAGGCUGGAUGGUAAAACGCAGAUAGCUGACAGGAUACAUGUAAUAGAUCAAUAUAAUACAGACAUGGAUAUAUUUGUAUUUUUGCUGUCUACCAAAGCUGGAGGUUUGGGUAUAAAUCUCACUUCUGCAAAUGUUGUUAUUCUUCACGACAUUGACUGCAACCCAUAUAACGAUAAACAAGCUGAGGAUCGCUGCCAUAGAGUUGGACAAACCAAGACAGUAAGUGUUAUCAAACUAAUUAGUAAAGGGACCAUAGAAGAGUCGAUGCUAAAAAUUGGCCAGCAAAAGCUAAGACUGGAACAGGAUAUGACCGCAACAGAUUCAGAGCUUGAAGGGAGUAUAACAUCUGAUAUGGCCACUUUGCUGAAGGUUUCCUUAGGAUUAUGAAGUAAUAUUUCCUGAUGAGACUGAUGCAGCUGUUGAGACUGAGGAAGUAUUCACCUCCUCCAGCAUCUACUGAUAGCACUGCCGGACCAAGAAAGGAAGAACAAUGAAGAAAUCUGCAGUUAACCUUUGUGUCCAUGUAUACAGUGUAUCUUGUGUAGUUGGACUACUUGUGUUCUUUUUGUACUGUACUGAAAUCCAUGACUUCAGAUGUUGUCUUGUGAAAAAUAAAUGCCAAGGAGGGCUUUGCUUUAAGUUUUAUUAACCAGUUUAUAGUAUUUGGAAAUUUGAUCUGCAAAUUUUUCAGUAGAUUUUUUAUCUCUUAUAAAUGUUGAACUGCACAUGUCUUCAUUGUUUUAUGUUCAUGUCCCUUGGUCUGUACUGUCACUGUCUUUUGCUUUAUUGUUUGGGGUAUUUGUCAUUUAAAUUUUUCAAAGAAAGAAAUAAAUGUGAACAGGUCAAUAAGUA